GGCACAGCUCCGUUGCCGCUUCCCGCUCGCUCUCCGCGCGCUGCCUCGGCGAGGCGGGUGACGUUGCUGGGGCCGCUCCCCCAUCGGCGGCCCGGCCCGGCCCUUCCCGCGGCGCGCGGAGCUCGCUGGGGAGGAGCGGGAGGAUGUCGGUGCCGCUGCGGCGGCUGCGCCAGGCGCCGCGGCACCUGCUGGUGUGCGAGAAGAGCCACGCGCGGCACGCGCGCUCGCGCCACGCGGCGCACGUGCGGGACCACGCCUACAACUGCCGCGUGUCUUUUUUGAUCCCUGAAUGUGGCAUACUACCUGAAGUGCUGAAAAGUACGAUUGCAGAUGUUGGAGAGUACUAUCUGAUGAGGAAUUUAUCACUUCAUCAAUUGGUCACUCAUGAAUUCAUUGAUACUUUUGUGAAGAAAGGUUCAUGCUACGCACUUACCUAUAACACAAAAAUUGAUCAAGAUAAUACUGCAGCUCUGCUACCAACUGGAAAACUAAUUUUAUCAGUGGAUAAGGAUACUUAUGAAGAACUUGGACUGCAAGGUCGCCCUUCUCGGUAUUCUGGCAAAAAAGUAAUGAGAUAUAUUAUAACUAUUGACUUGACAGAUUCCAGCUUUCAUCCUGACAGUAAGAAGCAUAAGAGGGUGCUUUGGGCCUUGAAAGAAAAGAAACCUUUAGAAUUUGACUUUCUGCUAGCUUGGUAUAAUACAGGUACAGAGGGAUCAACACUGAUGUCAUACUUUCCCAAAACCCAAAUACAGGCUCUGAAGCCAAAAAUAACAUUCAGCACAUUAAGAGAUUUGCAGUGUCCAGUGUUACAAAGCAAUGAACUACAAGGAAAGCCAGAAGAGUCGUGCAGCACAGAGGAACUGUUUGAAUGGUUAGGGGCUGUCUUGAAUCAAGUUAGUUUAGACAACAAAUCUUUUAGUUUUUUAUCAACCUACUGCUGUCCUCAGCCCAACACAGUAGUGGAACAAGCUUUCUUGUGCACAAUCACAGGGUUCAUAAUUCCUGAGACGAUAAUUCAGUUAUUGGAAAAACUGUGCUGCUAUUUUGAUGAACCAAAACUGGCACAUUGGUUGACCUUAACUGUGCAUGGCUUUGCAGACAGCCCUGUUUCCUGGAGAGAAAGCGAACAUGGUUUUCACAAGGGAGGAGAAAACUUGUACAAUUUUGUUGUUUUUAGAAACCUGGACUAUUGGCUUCAGAUGGCUGUAGGAACGAAUGAUGAUUGUCCUCCGUGAAGUUCUGUCUAUGGAAAAAGCAUUCUAAUAAUUUCAUGUUAUUGUACGGAAACCUAAUAAGAUACUUUUUAUAAAAAAUAAUUGGAUAAUAAGUUAA